CCUUGGAAACAUUCCUACCCGCUGAGUCACAGCAGACGUAACCCUCAACGCUCCAGAAUUUAAUAGCAAAAACAAUCUCACUCUGGGAAGACUGGAAUUCUUUGCAUCAGCUAAGACGAUUUAACAACUGUCAGUUCUGCCCAGAGAGUAAAGUUUCCUCAGAAUGAAGAUACUGAUAUUGUUUACUUUUAUCCUUGCAAAUGGGUUGAUUAUGGGCAUUGACACUUCGACUCUACAGAGUUGUUUGCAAGAGCAGCUGAGGCUCCAGGCUCAGGUGAGACUUCUGGAACAUCGUGUAAAGCAGCAGCAGGUAAAAAUUGUGCAGCUCUUACAGGAGAGGGAGAUUCAAUACAGUGAUCGGGGAGAUGAAAACAGCGUCAUUGACCUGGGAGAAAAAAGACAGUAUGCAGAUUGUGCUGAGAUUUACAAUGAUGGACAUAAGCAAAGUGGAUUUUACAAGAUGAAACCUCUUCAGAGUCCUAGUGAAUUCCUUGCCUACUGUGACAUGUCAGAAGGUGGAGGCUGGACUGUUUUUCAGAGACGUUCAGACGGCAGCCAGAACUUUGAUAGAGUAUGGGCUGACUAUGAACAAGGUUUUGGAAAUUUUGUCUUGAGAAAUGGUGAAUACUGGCUUGGAAAUAAAAAUCUUCACUAUCUGACCAGUCAAGGAAACUAUACUUUAAGAAUCAAUCUAAUUGAUUUUGAAGAAGAACAGCGCUUUGCACAGUUUACAAACUUCAGAGUUGCAGAUGGAGAGAGUUCAUACUGGAUGACUUGUGGUGAAUACUCAGGCACAGCUGGAGACUCCUUUACUGGGGGGUUUCACCCUGAAGUGAAAUGGUGGGCUGAUCACCGAGGAAUGAAAUUCAGUACACGAGACAGAGAUAAUGACAACUAUGAAGGGAACUGCGCUGAAGAGGAUAAAUCUGGCUGGUGGUUUAACAGGUGUCACUCUGCCAACUUGAAUGGUGUGUACUACAAAGGACCUUAUACCGCAAAAACAGACAAUGGAAUUGUUUGGUACACAUGGCGUGGGUGGUGGUAUUCUCUGAAAUCUGUUGUCAUGAAGGUCAGACCAGCUGACUUUGAGCCCAAUGUUGUUUAAGUAUUUAGUUAAGAUGAUUUAUCUAGUUAAUCUUUUAGCAAAUUAAGUCAACAGGCAGUUUUUUUUCUGAUUUAAAUCUGAGGUAAUUUCAUCCAAAUCAGUGUUAUUUAGAUGCAAAUGAGAGCAGAAUCUGGGCGUAAGUCUGCAGAUACAAAGACGUGUAUUAAUAAACAGAUGGGAUUUUUAAAAAGGCAGGGCAAACGUUCAUCCAGGGUUCAUGGCAGCUUCCAUUGAUGUAGAAUCUGAAAGGUGGCAACAACUUCAUCUCCCAAAAGGCACGAUGAGGCCACAACAUCAGGAGUGCUCAGGGAGGAGACAUAUUCCUAUGACUUGCUAGUGAGGAUGUUGUUGGAAAACACAGUAGGAUUCAAAACUGCUCACAAUGGCAGAACUGCUGAUGGAUGGCAGGAGUGGAACCACCACCUACCUGCACAUCCUGAGAAGAUGAGAGAUCAGGCUGGUACCAGAUGUCCAGCUUGUAGUUUCUUGUGCCAGCAGUAAUGCCAAUGGGGGUGUGCAGGGUGAUUUGGCUCAUGCCCUUUAGGAUUUUUUCACUUGAGAAUGAUUUUUAAUUACCUAAAUCUUUGCACAACAGGUAGGAGAUGUUGCAACAUAGAUCGACUGUAUUGUUUUAAAAAUCAAAGUAUGAAUAUUAUAUACAAAGAUUUGUGUUAACCUUAAUAUAUAUACAAACAUGUGGGGAGGUUAGAUCUCAUUAAAAAUGGCCACCCAAUCUAAUUGAGUUUGCCCAGGUGAGGACCUUACACUUAGAUCCCUACUUAGGUUGAUCUAAGUGCAAACUGCACAGAAAUUCCAAACAGAUCAGUCUAAAAAUGGCCCACUGGAUCUAAGUUAAGCGUACGUUCAAGAUAGUCUAACUUAGAUCAGAUCCAGCAAGACCAAUCUAACUGAACCUCUCUACAGUUCCCAGUGCAGCCCUAGGGCUGCAAAAGCCCAGCUGCUGGCCCCAGCCCUGGGGCUGCCCUUUCCCUACCUGUCCCCCCAGCACUAGGUUAUUUUUAGCUCUCCUGAUGCCUCCCCUCACCCCCAGAUGGCCAGGUCCCCCCACCAUUGGACCAGCCAACAGCCCCCGUCCCAGCCCAGCAACCUCCCAUGCCAACUGAAGUAAGUCUGGGGGGUGAGAGGAAGGAGUGGGUGGGAUGGGUGUGGCUGGUUUACUAGAGGGGGGUUGUUUGGAGGUGAGGGGAGUUGGGGGGCUAAAAAUUUCCCCUGUUCUGGGAGCGUGACGGCAAGAGCACUCCCAUCCUCCCAAGUCUCCCUGCAGACCCCCUGAUCCCACCAACCCCUCACAGUGCCUCCCACAGACCCCACUUGCCCCCCACCCCGUUUCCCCCAAUCCCUCCUACAGACCCUGCUUGCCCCUCCCCC